UAUCAUGGCUUCCAGUCACACUGUGUUGAUGCGGUUGGUAGCUUCAUCAUAUUCUAUUGCUCAAAAGGCAGGAAUGAUAGUCAGACGUGUUAUUGCUGAAGGAGACCUAGGCAUUGUGGAGAAGACGUGCGCCACAGACCUACAGACCAAAGCUGACCGAUUGGCACAAAUGAGCAUAUGCUCUUCACUGGCACGGAAAUUCCCCAAACUAACAAUUAUAGGGGAAGAGGAUCUGCCUCCUGAAGAUGUAGACCAAGAGCUGAUUGAAGAUGGUCAGUGGGAGGAGAUAUUGAAGCAGCCGUGCCCAUCACAAUAUAGUGCUAUUAAAGAGGAAGAUCUUGUGGUCUGGGUUGAUCCUCUGGAUGGCACCAAGGAAUACACUGAAGGUCUUCUUGACAAUGUAACAGUUCUUAUUGGAAUUGCUUAUGAAGGAAAAGCCAUAGCAGGAGUUAUUAACCAGCCAUAUUACAACUACCAGGCAGGACCAGAUGCUGUGUUGGGGAGAACAAUCUGGGGAGUUUUAGGUUUAGGUGCCUUUGGGUUUCAACUGAAAGAAGUCCCUGCUGGGAAACACAUUGUCACAACUACCCGAUCCCAUAGCAACAAGUUGGUUAAUGACUGUGUUACUGCUAUGAACCCUGAUGAUGUGCUGCGAGUGGGAGGAGCAGGAAAUAAGAUUAUUCAGCUAAUUGAAGGCAAAGCCUCUGCUUAUGUAUUUGCAAGUCCUGGAUGUAAGAAGUGGGAUACUUGUGCUCCAGAAGUCAUUUUACAUGCUGUGGGAGGCAAGUUAACUGAUAUCCAUGGAAAUGCCAUUCAUUACAACAAAGAAGUGAAGCAUAUGAACUCAGCAGGAGUCCUUGCCACCCUGAGAAAUUAUGACUACUAUGCAAGUCGAGUUCCAGAAUCUGUUAAAAAUGCACUUGUUCCUUAAAGGGUAGUCUCAUUU